AUGGCGUCAGUUGUUGAUAGAAUCAGAGAAUUAGUGCAGUAUGUCAAGAGUUCGCAAGGCAGAAUAGCAGCGUUCAAAGCCUGGAAAGAAACUAACAAAGAUUAUAAAUUUGCUCCUUCAGCUAGUGAAUGGGAGAUGGCCGCAGCUAUUUGCCAUCUUUUGGGCACUUUUUACACAGCCACAAAGAAAAUCUCGGGUAGGACAUAUCCCACCUCUCACCUGUACUUCUAUGAGGUCUGGAAUGUGAAGAAGAUAAUGGAGAAAGAAGUCGUAAGUGAAAAUCCUACCAUUGUUGCCAUGGUGAAAGAGAUGGAGAAGAAAUGGAUCAAAUAUUUUGAGGAGUCAUUCUUAACAAGUUGUCUGCCGCUGAUAUUUGAUCCAAGGUACAAAUAUGAAUAUGUUGACUUCCGACUGACUGCAGCUUUUGGUGGCGGUGCCAAGAAGUAUCUUACCCAGGUGAAUAGUGCGAUGAAGAUCCUAUUUGUUGAAUGUGCAUCUGAAUUUGGAAACACUUCUGAUGAAGGUGACGAGGUUGCAGAGGAGGAUGGCGAGGGCACUCUUGAUGACUGGGAUAAGCAUUUGAGAUUGAAAAGAUCCCACAACUCAAAUGAGCUACAACGAUAUCUUGAAGAAGAUUUGUCUCCUCGUCGACAGAAGUUGGAUAUCUUAAAGUGGUGGGAAAUCCACUCCCCAAAGUAUCCGGUGCUUGCGGCUAUAGCGCGGGACAUAUUGGCAGUGUCCGCGGCUACCGUGCCUGCAGAGGCUGCAUUCAGUAAUGCUGGAAGGAUCAUCACCGAGCAAAGAAGUAGUUUGACCCCGAGUACUGUUGAGACACUGAUGUGCCUCGAGGAUUGGCUUCGAGCUCCUGAUCGCCAAAAGGUGGAGCCAAUAGUUGGAGACCGCGGUGAUGAUCAACAAGAUGCUGGAACAACCUAG